AGAAGUUCACCCGCAGGAGGGAAGCUGAAGUAAGGAAUCAGGUGGCGCCUAGAGGUCACGCGAUAUCACGGCUGCGUUGAACUCCAUGGGAAGAAAGCGGUCUUGGAGGCGAUGCGAGCCUUCGGGGACCGACGAUUCGACGAUGCGUACGUCUGUGCCUUGCUGGCUGCGUACGCCGUCAUGUCCUCAAAGAGAUUGUGAAGGCCUUCGGACAGCGCGCACAGGAAUACAAAGUACUGGACUACGGUGUAGGCGCAUUCCAAGAGAUGACUGGCAUUGAAAUCUGUCCUCAAGCCGCACCCGCUGCCAGCUCUUAGCUGUGUAUGACCGGAAUACAGAAGAUGGCGGCCAUAUUAGGUCCCCUCUUCUCGGCGACAUGUGUGUGCGUGCGUGUGUGUGUGCGUGCGUGUCUGUGUCGUGUCAACGGUGUCCCAUUGUGAUACACCCGCGAUUCACCCGGUCGAAAGGAUUUUCUAUUCUCGGGGCGCCGAUUCUUCCUCCUGUUUGGAUCCGAAGCGCGCUGCCGACGCGGGAAGAUGUGACGAUGACAAGACGAUGGUCCACUAAACUCAUGCAUUCUAUACGCUGCUGCUCGACGCGCGACGGGGAGAUGACGAAGAUCUGAUGUCACGGUGGAGGAUAACGAUUCUUGGAAAAAUGAAGGAAUGCAAGACCAAGACUGACGCGGUCUGCUCUGAUGAUUAUCCGAGGAGAGAUGAAAAAGGCUCCAUUGAUUCCUCCGUCGAUCCGUCGACCCGCGAACUGGGAGGCCACUCGCUUAUUGUACUCGUUAUUGAUGAUCCCGGAAGUGCACGCGCUCAUUUCUACAGUCAAUCAUCGCCGGCUGUACGCAUCGAAUCGAUCCCAAAUCUCCACUCAAUAUUUCAUACCAGCCCAGCUAACGAUCGGAUUUCACCAGAGCUUGAACUUCAUAUUAUAUCAACGCGGGUUGGUACGUACAAACACACGAGCCUUCUCCCUGUUGUCCGGAUGGGUGAACUGCUAUACGGAUCGCACCAGUCGAGUCUACCAAUACCGAACUCGUCUCCAUUGUGGAGGACCCUCGUACCCUUCGCCAGGGCGCCCUGCACUACGUGA